AUGAUUGCUACUGCAGAUUGGGUCGACAGCUUCCAGAUUCCAUGGGAGAAGCUCCCAGAAGCCUUAAUGCAGAGUUUGGAGAGAGGGAAAAGGCCAAGCUCAAAGUUACGCAGAGAACUGAUCCGAAUUGUAGUUGCUGAAAUGAUGCAUGCCUCUUCUUCUCCUGGUAAACAAUCCUCCACAGAGGUUGCGAAGAAAAUGGUAGCAAAGUAUCCACUGUCACUGCAAGAUGUUAUAGAAGGUGAUGUGGUAGGAACAGGAUAUCACUCACUCGUCAAGCAGCUGCAAGCACGAAUUGAAAAUGUAAAGCGGUCUUCAGUACCAAGAAUAUUGAAGCGCAGACGGGGGUCAGAUGAAUUUGACACAGAUGAAAUCACAGCUGAACAGAGGGCAGCUGUUCAGGACACAUAUGGCUGCAUAAAGUGGGAAAUGAAGUUUAUGCCAGUGAGUGAGACACUGGAAAGCCAAGAAGAGAAAAAAGAGAAAAUGAAAGUGAUAUUUGAACAGGCAACCUUCAACACAGAGGAGGUAAAACAUCUCAUGAAGUGCACAUACUUCUCCCAGCGUAAAUCAGUGAACAGUGGAACCGAUCUGCAAUUCCUCAUGCAAGAGUGGCCUUUCUUAUUCAAGGAAGUUGGCAUGGCAGUUCACUUUCAUGAAUUAACUGGUGUUUCCCUGAAAGAGACUUUCCUCAGUAAUGUUGAAAAAAAAGGAAAACGUGUUUUAGAUUUCAUGAGAAGUGUUUGUGCAGUAAAAAGCAAACAUGUUUUGCAAGCGGCCACAAAGCUGAAAAUUCUGAGAGGACAGCUGGAGGGCUGCUCAGAAGAUGUAAAAGAUCUGGUGCUCCUCAUCCUCUCCUACUUUAAUGAAAAAGAGGAGGACUUGUUCUUCUAUGUGGAAGAAACUUGUAUGGCAAAAGAAGUACAAGUGGAAGGCUUACCUGUGACUCCAUGCAUCAUUGUAUGCGGAACAUCAUGUUAUGCUGCAAAGCAUUUCAUGCUGAGUGUUGACCAGAAAAUUGUCAACGAAUACAUCUCCACCUUCAUCUCGGCUGUUUGCAUGAUGUUUGCAACCUACUACUGCCUCAACAUUCACUAUCCUGUGGGUCUGGGCUCCACACUUGAGUUUAUUCAGAGGUGUUUCUUCAACAUCAAUCCUGAGAAGGGCACAAAAGUGGAAACUAAGAAAAACAAGAAACAGCUAACAGUGAAUCCAAGAGUCCUCACACUCAUUGCAGAUCUCUCAGAUCAUGAGUGGAGAGAGGCAUGUUAAAUAUGGACUUUCAGUUCACAUCAUUUGAAGUGUUAACACAACACGUAUA